AUGAAUCCCCAAGAUUCACCAUUCCGACGUUCGUCGACAAUUUACAACUCGCCACAGCAAAACAGCAAUUUUGGUGAUUCGCUCACAUUGGGAAGUUUUAAGAAUUUCACUCCAUCUGCUUGGACACCUUUUCGUCAUGGAAAUGGAAAUGGGAGCGAGAAUAAAGCACCUGGAAGAUUGAACAAAUGGAGAAAUGGAGCAUCGGCUGCUUCUUCGAAUGGAAAUACUCCACAAAGAGGAAGUGUUUAUAGUUUGAAUCGGCCAAGAUUAGUUGAUUUUGAUGAUUCAACUUUCAACACAACAAUCAACUCAACUUUCAGGUUUAUCAUAAAUAGUUUGUAAGCUCUAGAAAACCUUAUAAUUUUCAGCAACCGCGGUGUUAUUCGUAGCACUCUGCCAGCUUGGGCUGUUGAUGAUCAAGGAAAUGUUGCUGAACAUGUUACUCUUCGCGAUGUUCUCGAUCAAAACGCUCUCUUCGAAUUCUCUGCUGAUAAGAAUGGAUGCCGUUUCCUCCAAGAACAAUAUCCAUCUCACUCUGACAAUGGAAUUCACGAUGAGGUUUUCAAGAAAGUUGUUGAAAAUCGCGAAAAGUUUUUGGCAAUUUGUCGUAACAUGUUUGGCAACUUCUUCAUUCAACGCAUCGUCGAAUGUUCGCGCUGCGAAGAACAAGAAUUUGUGAUGGAACAUCUUGUCACCGAUAUGUUUUCAUUGUGUUUGGACAAAAGUGCGUGUCGCGUUAUUCAACUCGCAAUUCAAAAAUUGGAUACUCAUCUCGCUUCGCGUUUGUCUUUGCAAUUGAGAGGAUCUGAUUUGGUUCAAUUGAGUAUUGAUCAAAAUGGAAAUCACGUCAUUCAAAAGGCAAGCCUUCUCUAUUUUUAACUCACAUCCAUUAUAAUGUCAUUUUCCUUUCAGAUCAUAAAAACUCUUCCAAUCUCCGCUUGGAACUUUGUCGUCGACUAUUUCCAAAACGAUGAGUAUUUGAUCUCGGUUUGUCAAGACAAAUAUGGCUGUCGUGUAAUCCAAUCAACUAUCGAAAAAUUGACCGAGAACCCAUUGGCUCCAUGUUAUCCAAAACGUGUUGUUCUUCUUCGUCAACUUAUGGAUGGUGUCACGAGAAACUGUGCACAAUUGGCGUCUAACGAAUUCGCCAAUUAUGUUGUUCAACAUGUCGUCAAAAGUGGUGGAGUUAUGGAGGCUUAUCGCGAUCAAAUAAUCAAGAACUGUUUGCUGUAAGUGAUAUCGAGGUUCGAGUUUUGAAAAUUAUUUAAUUUUUUUUCUAUUUUCUAGUCGCAAUCUUCUCUCGAUGGCUCAAGAGAAAUACGCUUCUCACGUUGUUGAGAUAUCGUUCCUCUAUGCUCCACAUCAUUUGCUCGUUGACAUGAUGGAGGAGAUUUUCGAAGGAUACAUUCCUCAUCCGUAAGUUUUGAUCAUCUUCAACUUCAAAUUCUCAUGAUUUUUAUUCCGUGUUUUCAGUGAAACCAAUCGCGAUGCAUUGGAUAUUCUUUUGUUCCAUCAAUACGGCAAUUACAUCAUUCAACAAAUGAUUCAUAUUUGUUCGGUUGUUGUUUUCCAAAAGAAUGGAGCAUCGGAGAAUAUCAAUCCAAGCCACGUUGAAUUGUAUGCCGCCUGGUUGGAACGUAUCAAGGAUCGUGUUUUGCGCAAUACUCCACGCCUCGAAAGAUUCUCAUCAGGCAAGAAAAUUAUCGAAGCUUUAGACAAGUGCUUAGAACAAAACUAA